AGUUUUAGGUGGAGCGCGGAAUACGUAUGCUGAAUACGUUGGUUUUUUUUAAAGGCAUUCGACCGGCAGGAAAGUCGAUUCGACCCGACUCGUUCCGUUGGCGUGCAUUCGGUACAGCUCCGUGUACAUACGGCAAGAAAACGGCUCUCUAUUUCGGCACAAUAUGGCCAGAUCCCAACGCGAGCGCUGCCGGAGUGAGGACGGAGUCCCUGCUGAGUCAAGUGACGAAAAUGGGGUUCAAAGUUCACUACUGCAGCCCAGCUCGGUCGAGACUGAUACCGAGCGAGCUGUUUGAGAGACUGGGCGUGGAGGCGCAUCGAUUGUCCUCCGUCAACAGCGAUGAGACGGAUGUGGUGCUGAAGACUCUGUGCCCGAAACUGGUCAUAUUGGAUAGGUUUUUGACCGAGGAAAUGGUAGGCUGGAGGGUUCGCUCGAACUGUCCGGACUGCGCAAUUGUGUUAGAUAGUCAAGACUUGCAUUGUCUUAGGCUAGCGAGACAGCACGUAAUCGAAGAGAUCGAGGCCGCGAGAGGAUACGCCCCGUCCAGAGGAACGGAGUACUAUUUGAACGCCAUACAGAAAGAAGGCCGAUAUCAAGCAGAACGCCAGUCCGGCACGUUCGAACCGAGUCGCCUGGUCGAAAAAUCAAAACACGCGGACAUUAUCCAAGUGGGCGCGAGAUACGCCCUGGUUCGGGAACACUUCUUGCGCGAGGUGGCGAGCUUUCAUCGGUCUGACUUGGUGCUGGUUUCUUCAAAUUUUGAGAAAGAAUAUUUGAUAAAAAAAUUUCAAAUAUCUGCAGACAAAUUAUUUUGUGCGCCGUUUUAUGUGGAAGUUCCGUCUGGCGAGACCAAGUCAUUCCAGCACCGUCGAGGACUCUGCUUCCUGGGAAACUUCAGACACCCUCCGAACAGAGAUGCCAUUUCCUGGCUGAAGAGAGAUAUAUGGCCGAGGUUGAGACAGAGUCUUCCCAAAGACGCAUUCAUAGACGUGUUUGGAGCCAACCCGCAAAGAGAGGACAUCCUUUUGUCAGACCCGGAGAACGGCUUCCGCGUGUCGGGACCGGUCAAGCCGUCCGCGCUGUUCCAAAGACUGCAGCUGUACAGAGCGUUGCUGGCUCCUCUGAGGUUCGGCGCGGGCGUCAAGGGCAAAAUCGUCGACGCCUGGAAGUCCGGCACGCCAGUCAUAACCACAUCUAUAGGCGCAGAAGGUAUGUAUCUGAGAGACGGAGAACGAGUCGAGUUUGGAGGCGCCGUCGCCGACGAUCCAGAAUCCAUUGCGUUGCAGACGUCUCGCAUCUACUGCAACCAAUCGGAUUGGCAUCAGGCGCGGCUUUCAGGCGGCUACGUGCUCAGGUCCAAGUUCAGCGAGGAAGGAAACGGACCCGCUCUGCGCGCGAGACUCCAACAUGUGAUCAGAAACCUGGAAUCUGUUCGCAAGAGAAACGUUGUCGGUCAAAUUCUAGAAUUUUCCACCAACAAAUACAAUGAAAUGCUCGCAAAAUACAUACAGCUCAAAGACAACAAUCAAGCGAGCGCCGACCAAAGACCUGUCCACCCUCGCUCUUCGCCCGACCACGACUCUCCCAUCGACCACCAAAAAACAAGAGAAAAAAUCGAAAAAAUUCUCGCUUGGUCCGAACAGCUCAGCCCCACCAAGCCCGCGCCCAACAAGCCCUGGGGACCACUUGCGCUGGAUCCCAGCAUCGACCGAACCCUGUCUACCCUCAAAAGAUCGAUGAUAGGCGCCCACAUCAAGAGAGAUGAUUGA